UGCACACGAAACUAUGGUAUUGCCAAUAAUAAAAUUGGUCAUUUUACUAGGCAGACAAAUUACACGACCAGUUGUACAUAGAUUUAGUGUAUUGGCAAAGCGUAAUCAAACAUUUCGUUCAGUAAUUGUACCAAUUGGUCAAGGGUAUCACUCAAUGGAUUUUACAUCACAAAGUAAAUUAUUUGGUUUUGAAACACCAACACGAGUAGAACCAUUAUCAACAGAUGAAGCAAUGAAUUUAGGGACAAAAUUGCUUGGAGAAGUAUUAGUUUAUGGAGUCUCUGCAUCAUUUCUGCUUUAUGAAUACCACAAGUCGUCACCAAAAGAAAAGAUCAAGGAGGAAAAUAGACAGAAUGAAAAAAUAGAGCUUCAAGGAAAAAUACAGGAAUAUUGGGAGAUAACAGAAACAGAAAUAGAAAAUCUUAGAAGCAAAAUAUUUGAACUGGAGGCCAAAAAUCGCCAUUAAGAAUAUACACUGACCUCUCAAAAAUCAAGAUAAUUUUCGAUACAAGAAACUAUUCUUAUAUA